GAAGAUUGCAGAUGAAGACUGCGCUUACAUUCUGUCUACUACUUCUCAUCGCCUUAUUCUACACUGAUGCGCAGUUAUCUGAGGAACAGAAGAAAAUCUACAGGUUUCAUAAGAGGGUUCGUGAGGGCGCAUUAACUUGUCAGAUUCCUGGUCAACCACCAGCUAAAAAACUGGAAAGACUGAAGUGGAGCAAAAAAUUAGCGAGAAAAGCACACGAGCAAGCCAAAAGAUGCGAUUUUUAUUCCGAUGAUCCAAAUGAUUUAAUCAUUGGUAAAUUUAAUUCAGUUGGGCAGAAUAUUGCAGAGUUUCCAUCGAUUUCGGGUGCACUGAAAGGCUGGUUUAAAGAGCAUAAAAAUUACGAUUUCGAGAAGAAUGAGUGUAGAGGUGAUUGCAAAAAUUACAAACAGAUGGUUUGGAAUACUACCAAAGCAGUUGGAUGUGGUGUACACAAAUGUGAUAAGAAUUAUCUCGUCGUUUGCAACUAUACGCCAUCAGAUUCUGAUCGUAGACCAUAUGAAGUGGGUUCAAAAAGUCAAUGCAAGGAAUGA